AGUUUUGUCUUCUUUUACAUCAGGAGCAGCUUUGUUAUACGUUCUUGCAGAGAUUGACGAAGGAAACCUAAAAUUUAUUGUCCUGAGAAAUCAAAUCAGCAAUCUUUUUCGCAUCUCGCGAAGAACCCAUGAUUUUUUUCCUGCAAUCUCCUUGACCCAUUCCAUUUUUUUCGUGUUCCAACACUAACGCGACGAACGGGCCCCUUUUCUCUGAAGAUUGAUACUUCACAGAUAUAUGAAUGGCCUGGAGACAGAUCGGGAAGAAGGGCAUCCAUUCCUCUGUUAACAGAGGUUCCAUUCUUACACGAGUAGCAUCUACCGAGACACAGAUCACCUCGUGUGUUUCAAGAGGCACUUCUGAAUCAGUCGAUGUUUCGUCAGCUCGGUACAUUAAUGGAUUCAGGUUUAGCUCGUUAUCGAGCUGCUCUUCUGGUCAAAACUCUUUUCCAACAGAAACAUCCUCAAGGCAUUUUCACGCGACCCGAGAAACUUUAGCCAAUAGAAGUCAUGCUGAUAUGUUGAAUCAGCGUGCCCGGAAGAAAAUUCAUCUGAAAAACAAAGGAAAAUUUUCGAGACGGGAAAAGAAGUCUGAUCAGCCACCGGUUGAAGGUGUCUACGUGCCGCCUAAGCUUAAAAGAUCAGCCAAAGGCUUACCGGACAAGACAAUCGACAUUUUCGAAGGCAUAACACUACUCGAGCUCGCCAAGCGUACCGGUGAAUCGGUCUCUACUCUGCAGAGUAUUCUUGUCAAUGUCGGAGAAAACUUUAACUCGGAAUUCGAUACCCUAAGUAUCGAUGUCGCCGAGCUCAUUGCAAUGGAAGUCCAGGCCAAUGUUAGGAGGCAACACUCUACCGAAGGAGCGGAAGUUCUCCCGAGACCCCCGGUUGUAACUGUCAUGGGCCACGUCGAUCACGGGAAAACCUCCUUGUUAGAUGCAUUGCGUGAAACCUCGGUAGCAGCCCGAGAAGCUGGGGGAAUCACCCAACACGUUGGUGCUUUCGUCGUGGGCAUGUCCAAAGGCGCUUGCAUCACGUUCCUUGACACUCCCGGCCAUGCUGCUUUCAGCGCGAUGCGUGCUCGGGGAGCCGCCGUCACCGAUAUCGUCGUCCUGGUCGUUGCCGCUGAUGACGGGGUGAUGCCUCAGACGCUCGAGGCCAUAGCACACGCUAGAACCGCGAAUGUCCCGAUCGUCGUCGCAGUAAACAAGUGUGAUAAACCCGGAGCAAAUCCCGAGAGAGUCAAGGUUCAGCUCGCCUCGGAGGGGUUACAGUUAGAGGACGUGGGGGGAGACAUUCAGGUUGUCGAGGUUUCGGCGAUCCAGAAAACAGGUUUAGAGACGUUGGAGGAAGCGUUACUUCUCCAAGCCGAUGUGAUGAACCUAACCGCGAGAGUGGACGGGCCAGCCCAAGCGUACGUGGUCGAGGCUAGGAUAGACAAAGGGCGUGGUCCGUUGGCCACGGCGAUAGUAAAGGCCGGGACUUUGGUGUGCGGUCAGCACGUAGUCGUGGGGUCCCAGUGGGGAAAAAUCCGGAUUUUAAGAGACAUGGUUGGGAAACUAACCGACAAGGCAACACCCGCUAUGCCCGUCGAGAUCGAAGGGCUGAAGGGUCUCCCUAUGGCCGGCGACGAUAUCAUCGUCGUCGAAUCCGAGGAACGUGCUAGGAUGCUUAGUGAAGGGCGGAAGAGAAAGUUCGAGAAAGAUAGGCUGAGGAAGGCGAUCGAGGAGAGAGCAGAGGAAGCCGAGACGACGGGGGAACCCGGAGAAGUGAUCGAUAGGAUCGAAUUGCCAGUAGUGGUGAAAGCCGACGUGCAAGGCACAGCUCAGGCAGUGGCAGAUGCCUUAAGAACCCUAAAUAGCCCUCAGGUUCUUGUGAAUGUUGUUCAUACCAGUGUUGGCGCGAUAUCGCAGUCUGACGUGGAUUUUGCGCAAGCCUGCGGUGCGUGUAUCGUCGGUUUUAACGUUAAGAGUCCGAGCUCUGUCACUCUUGCCGCGGCCAAAGCCACCGUCAAGACGUUCCAUCACCGCGUGAUAUACCAUCUUCUGGAAGACGUCGGGAACUUGAUCGUGGAGAAGGCCCCGGGUGUCGCCGAGACGCAGGUGGUCGGGGAAGCCGAGGUGCUCAACUUAUUCAAGAUCACGGGGAAGAGCAAAACGAAAGGAGAGGAAGUGAAUAUCGCGGGUUGCCGAGUGACCGACGGGCGAGUCACCCGAGCGGCUACCAUGAGGAUUAUGAGGAGCGGGGACGUGAUAUUUGAGGGCCCGUGCUCUUCGCUGAAACGGGAGAAACAGGACGUGGAUCAGGUUGGGAAGGGGAACGAGUGCGGGCUCGUGAUCGGGGAGUGGAACGAUUUCAGGGUCGGGGACGUGAUCCAGUGCUUGGAGCCAGUGAUCAGGAAACCCAAGUUCAUUUCUUCCGAGAGCGGAGCUGUGAGGAUUGAGUGCUGAAGAAAUGGAAAACCCUAAUAAAACCCCUAAUUUUUGCCACCGUUUAUGAACUUAUUAACAGGAUUUUUUUUUAUAGAUCUAUUUCUUAUUUAUGGGGAAGGAGAAGAGCGAGCCAUCUUGUUGACAUUUUUUUUUUCUGAGGCAACACUUGUGAGAAAUCCUGCAAUUUUGCAUGUUGAAUUUAGGACUAUUAUGAGUAUCCGAACAUAUUGUCUCGGAUAUCUGCAAUCAGGGGUGGGCGAUUCUUCAUAA